UAGAUGAGUGUGUGUAGAUGAGUGUGUGUGUAGUUGUGUGUGUGUGUGUGUAGCUGUGUGUAAUGUGUGUGUGUGUAGCUGUGUGUGUGUAGCUGUGUGUGUGUGUAGCUGUGUGUGUGUGGAUGAGUGUGUAGAUUAUUGUGUGGCUGUGUGUGUGUAGAUGAGUGUGUAGAUGUGUGUGUAGCUGUGUGUGUGUAGCUGUGUGUGUGUGGCUGUGUGUGUGUAGAUGAGUGUGUGUAGAUGAGUGUGUAGAUUAGUGUGUGGCUGUGUGUGUGUAGCUGUGUGUGUGUAGAUGAGUGUGUAGAUUAGUGUGUGGCUGUGUGUGUGUAGCUGUGUGUGUGUGUAGAUUAGUGUGUGGCUGUGUGUGUGGCUGUGUGUGUGUGUAGAUUAGUGUGUGGCUGUGUGUGUGUAGCUGUGUGUGUGUGGCUGUGUGUGUGUAGAUGAGUGUGUGUAGAUUAGUGUGUGGCUGUGUGUGUGUGGCUGUGUGUGUGUAUAGAUGAGUGUGUAGAUUAGUGUGUAGCUGUGUGUGUGUGUGGCUGUGUGUGUAGAUGAGUGUAUAGAUUAGAGUGUGGCUGUGUGUGUGUGGCUGUGUGUGUGUAGCUGUGUGUGUGUGUGGCUGUUGGCGGCUCGUAUUGUUUAGGCUGGGCCACGUGUGCCGACGGUGCUUUGUGUGUGUGAAGUGUGCAGGGAGGGGUGAGUGGUGUGGUGAGUGGUGUAAUGUGUGCUGGUUGAGGGGAGUGCUUGGUGUGGUGAGGGUGUGGUAAGUGGUGUAAUGUGCUAUGUGGUGAGUGUGGUGAGUGGUGUAAUGUGUGGUGAGGGUGUGGUGAGUGGUGUAAUGUGUGGUGAGGGUGUGGUGAGUGGUGUAAUGUGUGCUAUGUAGUGAGUGUGUGGUGAGAGUGGUAAGUGGUGUAAUGUGUGGUGAGGGUGUAGUGAGUGGUGAAGUGUGGUGAGUGGUGUGCAGUGUGGUGAGUGGUGUAAUAUGUGCUAUGUAGUGAGUGUUGUGUGUGUGUGGUGAGAGUGGUAAGUGGUGUAAUGUGCUAUGUGGUGAGUGGUGUAUUGUGUGGUGAGGGUGUGGUGAGUGUGGUGAGUGGUGUGGUGAGUGGUGUAAUGUGUGCUAUGCAGUGAGUGUUGUAAGUGUGUGGUGAGAGUGGUGAGUGGUGUAAUGUGUGCAGUGUGGUGAGUAUUUAAAGUCUGCCGUGUGGGGUGAGUGCUAAUGAGUGUGUGGUGAGGAUUAUGAUGGUUGUGCUAUGUGUUACAUUGAGUGUUUUGCGAGGUGAGUAUUGUUUGGGUGAGUGUUGCAUUGUGUGCAGUGUGGUGAGUUUUCUGUAAUGUGUGUGGUAAGCGAUGACAAUCUUGGCACUCACCAUACCAUGCUCAUGAAACACCACAUACACAGCGCUCACCACUCACACAUACCAGACACACACACACAUUCACUAUAAUCAUUCACAUACCACACACUCAACACACACGCACAGACUUAACACACGCACCACACACUCACCACCCUCACCACUCACACAUACCAGACACACACACAUUCACUAUAAUCAUUCACAUACCACACACUCAACACACACGCACAGACUUAACACACACACCACACACUCACAACCCUCACCACUCACACAUACCAGACACACACACACACAUUCACUAUAAUCAUUCACAUACCACACACUCAACACACACGCACAGACUUAACACACACACCACACACUCACCACCCUCACCACUCACACAUACUAGACACACACACAUUCACUAUAAUCAUUCACAUACCACACACUCAACACACACGCACAGACUUAACACACACACCACACACUCACCACCCUCACCACUCACACAUACCAGACACACACACAUUCACUAUAAUCAUUCACAUACCACACACUCGACACACACACAGACUUAACACACACACCACAUACUCACAACCCUCACCACUCACACAUACCAGACACACACACAUUCACUAUAAUCAUUCACACACCACACACUCAACACACACACACAGACUUAACACACACACCACACACUCACCACCCUCACCACUCACACAUACCAGACACACACACAUUCACUAUAAUCAUUCACAUACCACACACUCGACACACACACAGACUUAACACACACACCACACACUCACCACCCUCAAGACUCACACAUACCAGACACACACACACACAUUCACUAUAAUCAUUCACAUACCAUACACUCAACACACACACACAGACUUAACAUACACACCACACACUCACCACCCUCACCAUUCACACAUACCAGACACUCACCACCCUCACCACUCACACAUACCAGACACACACACACAUUCACUAUAAUCAUUCACACCCCACACACUCAACACACACACAGGCUUAACACACACACCACACACUCACCACCCUCACCACUCACACAUACCAGACACUCACCACCCUCACCGCUCACACAUACCAGACACACACACACAUUCACUAUAAUCAUUCACAUACCACACACUCAACACACACACACGACAGAUUAAACACACACACACACUACACAAAGCCAAAGAUCCCCCGUAUAGCCUCCACAGACUGUUGGGGCAAGCGCUGUUAGCGAUCACCUAUGAAGGCCGGCACAGCACACAAAGACACACACACCCCUCACACACCUCUCACAUAGCACACCCUCUACACACACAUUUAAACUGAACACACAAAACCAACUGAUUAAACACAUACAUGCACAAGCCAAAGAUAAUAAUCCCCCGUAUAGCCUCAACAGACUGCUGGGGCAAGUGCUGUUAGCGAGUAGCAUCUAUGAAGGCUGGCACGUUACGGGAGGGGUUGAGUGGCCAGCACCACGCCCGGCCGCCUUUGUCUCCUCAGUCCUGAUGCGUACACACCGCCCCAGGUACUAAUUUGAGGCUGAGUCGACCUAGGGGAGGCACAGGGACUGGUUCAGAUAAUCGUCACCGGUGUUGAUAGCCGUGAGCGAGAAUCGAACUUGGGUCGCCGGGUUCGUAGCGUAGUGCACUAACCAGACACGCGUACACACAGACACACGUACACAGACAUACGUACACACAGACACACGUCAUCACAGACACACGUACACACAGACACGUGCACACAGACACGCGUACACACAGACACGCGUACACACAGACAUACGUACACACAGACACACGUCAUCACAGACACGUACACACAGACACGUACACACAGAUACACAGACACACGUCAUCACAGACACGUACACACAGACACGCGUACACAGACACACGUACACACAGACACACGUACACACACACUGCCUCGCUCAUUACCGAACAUCAUUUAUAUUCUUUCUCUCACACACUCACUCGCUCUCCCUCACACACACACACAAUCUGUCACACACACACUCCCUCACACACUCACACACAGUCUAACACACUCCCUUACACCAUCUCUCUCACACACUCUCACACAAUCUCUCACACACUCACUCGCUCUCCCUCACACUCUCAAUCUGUCACACACACACACACUCCCUCACCCACAACACUCACGCGCAUUCACACACACAGAGUCUAACACACUCCCUUACACCGUCUCUCUCUCACACACACGCACUCUCUCUCACACACACACACUCAAUCUCUCACACUCCCUAACACUCCUAACAUAUUCUCUCUCUCGCACUGUCACACGUUUUCAAUCUCUCACAAUCUCUCAUUCACACACUCGCCCUCUCUCUCACAUGCACACACAAUUACACUCUCGCACACUCGCUCGCACAUAUACUCAAUCUGUCACACACUCCACCUCACACUCUCACACACACACAGACACACUCCCUCCCUCAACACACAGACUCCUAUCACACGCUCCCUCACACACACUCAAUCACUCACACACUCAGUCUCACAACACACCCUCUCUAGUACUCACGACACACACUCUCGUUCACACACACAUACACAGUCACACACACACCCAGUCUCACACACACACCGUCUCUCACACACAGACACAGACUCUCUCUCACACACCCAGUCGCACUCACACACACACAGUCUCACCCACCCACAGGCUCUCACACACAGGCUCUCACACACACAGUCUCACACACAGAGUCUCACACACAGUCUCUCUCACACAAACAGUCUCUCUCACACACACAGUCACACACACAGUCUCACACACAGUCUCUCUCACACAAACAGUCUCUCUCACACACACAGUCUCACACACAGUCUCACACACAGUCUCACACACAGUCUCACACACACAGUCUCUCUCACACACACAGUCUCACACACAGUCUCACUCACAAGACAAAGAUAAAGAUAAAGAUCCCCCGUAUAGCCUGAACAGACUGUAGGGGCAAGUGCUGUUAGCGAGCACCUAUGAAGGCCGGAACGGUACACGAGGGGGUGGGUGGCCAGCACCACGCCCGACCGCCUUUGUCUCCCUAGUGGCGAUGUUUACACACCGCACCAGGUACUCAUUUAAGGCUGAGUCGACCUAGGGGAGGCCCAGGACCGUUUCAGAUAAUCGUCACUGGUGUUUGCCGUGAGCGGGAAUCGAACCCGGGUCGCCAGGUUCAUAGCGCAGCGCGCUAACCACUACACUACCGCUCCCCACAAGUCUCACUCACACACACAGUAUCACACUCACACAGUCACACACACACAGUCUCACACACACAGUCUCACACUCACACAGUCACACACACACAGUCUCUCUCACACACAGUCUCUCACACACACAGUCUCACACACACAGUCUCACACACACAGUCACAUACACACAGUCUCACACACACAGUCUCACACACACACACAGUCUCACACAGCCUCACACACACAGACUCUCUCUCACACACCCUAUCACGCGCACUCUCCCUCACACUCCCUCCCUCAACACACAGACUCCUAUCACACGCUCCCUUACACACUGUCACACACACACUCACUCAAUCACUCACACACUCAGUCUUACACACACCCAGUCUCUCUCUCACACACACACAGACUUUCUCACACGUACAGUCUCUCACCCACACACCGUCUCUCAUACACAGUCUCUCACACACACACACAGUCUCACACUCACACAGUCACACACACACACAGUCUCACAGUCACACACACACAGUCACACACACAGUCUCACAGACACAGUCUCACACACACACAGUCUCACACACACACGGUCUCUCUCACACACAGUCUCACACACACACAGUCUCACACAGCCUCACACAGCCUCACACACACACAGACUCUCUCUCACACACCCUAUCACGCGCACUCUCCCUCACACUCCCUCCCUCAACACACAGACUCCUAUCACACGCUCCCUCACACACUGUCACACACACACUCACUCAAUCACUCACACACUCAGCCUCACACACACCCAGUCUCUCUCUCACACACACACACAGACUUUCUCACACGUACAGUCUCUCACCCACACACCGUCUCUCACACACAGUCUCUCACACACACACAGUCUCACACACACACAGUCUCACACACACACAGUCUCACACACACACUCUCUCACACUCACAACACUCACAGUCUCCCAAACACUCGCACACAACCUCAGACGCAAACACGAUGACACACUAACACACAAAUACAAAGAUGCCCCGGGUAAACAUACACACCUUUGAGUCAAGUGUUGUUAGCGAGCAACUAUUAAGACCGGCACGGCGCAGGGUGUGUGGCCAAAACCACGCCCGGCCGCCUUUGUCUCUCCAGUCCUGGUGUCUAAACACAGCGACAGAUGGUCAUUUAAGGUUCUCCCGAGGGACCCCGUGACCCUGAGUGACCCCGAGGGACCCCGUCACCACGAGGGACCCCGUGACCCCGAGUGACCCCGAGUGACCCUGAGGGACCCCGUGACCCUGACCCGGCGCGACCCAGGGGGGGAGGGGGGGGGGCCAUGGCGACGCGGGGCCUCGUAGGGGAGUCGCGUGGCACCAGGGAGGAGGAGAUGGAGCGGGAGAGCGAAGGGGACAGCGCGGCGGUCGGAGCCGGAGCUGAGGAGGAGGAGGAGGACGACGAGGUGGAGGAAGUGGAGGAAGAGGAGGAGGAUGAGGAGGAGGGUGACGAGGAGGAGGAGGAGGGGGAGGAGGAGGGGGGACUUCUUUUCCGCGACGCCGAGCCCAGCGUCGCGGGGGGCGCGACCCCUCGUGGCGCGUGCGCGGGGGGAGAGCAGGUGGGCCCUCACUACCCCCGCAUGGCGCCGUCUCCCCCGUGCGCCCUGGGCCCCGGGGGCGGGGGGGUCCACGGGAGUUCCCCGCGCCCCGCAGGGGGUCCCGCGAGCGAGGGGGUCGCAUCCCUGGAGGAGGGGGAGGAGGGGGAGGAGGAGGGAGAUGGAGAGGAGGGGGGGGCUCCCCCCCCGGGGACCCCCGGGUGCCGUGACGCGUGGAGCCUCACGGAGCCGGCCUGCCUGGGGCCCUGCGAGCCGGGCACCAGCGUCAGGCUGCACGGCCUCGUGUGGCACGAGAACCAAGCGGGUAUGUUGGUGCUGCACGUGCGCUGGAGGAACAGCACCUACGUGGGCACGCUCCUCGACUGCUCCCGUCACGGACUCGCCGCUCCCCGGUUCUGCGAGGUGCGGGCCCCGGCCACCGCCGAGCGCCGCUGCAGCCGCGGCCGGGCCAAGCGCUCCCGGGUGGCCCACGGCGCCCACGGGGCCCACGGGGCCGCGGGGCCGCGGGGGGAGAAUCGGGCCCAGAGCGGGACGCGCUCCGUCCUCGCGCAGCACCGCGCGGGUGCCGCGGGGGCCUGGGACGGGGGCCCCGGGAGCGAGGGCCCCCGCAUGGGGGCCCUGCGGAGACGGCCGCGUCCCGGGAGCGACCGCGAGGGCCGCAUGGCCAAGAGGGCGCGGCUCGCGGCCUCCGCCGCGGCGGCGGCGGCGGCGCGGGGCCCCGAGGCGGCCGCGGCCUCGCGGCGCGCGGGGCCUUCCGCGGGGCCUUCCGCGGGGCCUUCCGCGGGGGCCACGGCGGGGCCCGCGGAGGGGCCCGGCUUGAGGAGACGCCCGACGGCCGCCGGCGCGGCCGCCGGAGGGGGAGGGGGGGCCCGGGUGACGCGGGGGAGCCCCGAGCACGCGGAGACGGCGCCGUCCCCGCGGGCCCCGCCGGCCGAGCGGGCCGAGCCGAGCGGCGGGACCCCCCCGGGGCCCCUUCGGCUGUGCCUCAAGCAGCCGAGGCUGGAGCUGCUGGUCGCGGCUCCGCACGUCAAACUCUUCCGCGGCGGAGGAGGAAGCCACGAGCGGGACGGGCCGGCCGCCAAGCGAGCGCUGAUGAGCGACGGCAUGGCCAGGGCGGGCGCCACGGGCCCCGCCGCGGGCCCCGGGGCCCCCGUGACGGCGGCGGUGGCGGCGCGGAGGCCCGUCGCGACCCCUGCGUCCCCCCGCUCGGCGUCCCGCGCCGGGGCCCACGCGGGCCCCGUCCCUCGCGUGCGAGCCGCGCUGCCCCGCGUCGUCAUCCCCUUCCCCUGCAAGGACGGGGCUCCGCCACCCGGACCCCACGCGGGACCCAAGACCUCCCCCGCCAAGAGCCCCGCAUCCCAUCAGCAGCAGCAGCAGCAGAGGCCUCCGGCUCUGGACGGCCCCGCGCUCGUCAAGGCCGCGCUGCAGCACCUGAAGGCGCGAAGGCGCGAGAGGGAGCGCGGCGCGGCGGAAGCGAGGCAGGAGCAGGGCCCCGCGGCCUCGGGGCCCAAGGCGGAGACCGAGAAUGGGCGCCCGGGGCAGGACAAGGAGGCCCCGUCGCUCGUGGACAGAUCGUUGAGGCUGCGACCUCCCCCACGGGGGGCCGCCGCGGGGCCCGGCGAGAGGAACGGGGCCCCGGGGCGCGGGGCGCCGGCGCCGGCGGCGGUUGCGGCGGUGGCGGCGGCGGUGGCGGCGGUCUCCUCUGCCUCCUCCUCCAGCUCCGAGCUGUCGGACACGGAUGAGGGCCCCUCCGAACCCCGCGGACCCCGGCCCCGUCUCGCCUCCCGCCAGCAGCAGCAGCAGCAGCAGCCGCUACGCGGACCGGGCCCCGGGGUCCCCGGGAGGGACGGGGAGACUACGGCCCGCUGGACGGGGACCCAGGGCCUCCAUCCGACGUGCGGGACCAACGCCGCCCCCGCGGGUCGCGGCGUGGGCCCGCGACCCGCCGCCGCGUGCCCCUGCGGCCCCGGCACGGCUCCCGCUCCCGCCCACUGCUCCCACACGUCGGGGCCGGCGGGGACCCAGGCCUCGGCCUCGUCCCGGGGCCCCGCCCGCGAGUGGCCGGGGCCCCCUCGCAGAGACCCCCACCAUGCCCGCGCCGCCCCCGGGCCACGCGGCCAAGCAGGGCCCGGCCGGCGGCCCGGGGCCCAAGUUGGUCUCGGGCCCCGCCGUGACUCACAAGCCCCCCCCGGGCAUCCACGUGCCCCGCCAGGGACCGCCGGCCCACGGGGCCCCCGCCAAGCUCCCGCCGGGCCCCCACAAGGCCCCGCUCGCCCAGCACCAACGUCCCGCUCCGCUGAACGGCGGGGCCCUCUUCGGGGGCGGCUGCGCCGGCUACGGGGCCGCGGGGGCCGGUGGGGCCCAAGCGUCGGGAGGGUCGCCGGGGCCCCGGCAGGGCCCGCUGGCGGCCAGGGACUCGCAGAGGGACAAGCGGGCCCUGCUGUCGUCACUGUACCGGCGCGACGGGGGGACCCCUGUAGCGGCGGCGGCCGAGAAGACCGGGCCCCGCUCCGACCUGGGGAGGCCUCGCGCGGGGCCCCUGCCCUCGUUCAAGGCCCUGGGCCCCUACAACGCGGGGGCCAAGCCGAGCGGCAGGCGUGACCCCGGGGCCCCCACCCCCGACCCACCCAAGGCGAGCGGCGAGAAACCAGGGGCCCCCACGGAGGGCCCAUUGGGGGUGCCCGGCCGGGCCGGGGAGGGGGAGGCAGAGGAGGUGAAACCCGGGGUGGAGGUGCGGAGACGGCACGUGGAGA